CCCAAUACCUCGUUCUUAUUUUCUGCAUGCAGUCCGCGACCUCCAACUCGGUCGAGUGGAGCGCGUCGCAGGCUCCCGCGAGAACAGCGACCAUCUGCGUGCGGCAAGGGCGUGAUUUGAAGCCAACCGACCUCAAUGGACUCGCCGACCCGUACUGCAAGAUUGUCGUGCACGGUCCAGAGUCGCGGUCGAAAAAAGUCCAACACAAGACGACAGUUCGUCCAGAAACGCUCAGCCCAACGUGGGCAGAAAGCUUCGAAGUGCCAUUGGAGGAGCAUGAUCCGUACAUUGUCAUUGAGGUCUGGGAUCGAGACCAGUUCAAUCAGGACGACUUUAUGGGUCGUAUUAUGCUGCCUGUGCGGCUGUUGUCCGACACUCCCACGUUGAACUGGUACCCGUUGUGCCGCGCUACUCCGAAAGAUAUUGUAAAGGGUGAGAUUGAGCUGGAAAUCAGCAUCAACCCGCCAAUCGACACUUUCGAACAGUCCUCGCUUCAUGCGGAGCUGUUUGAGAUGUGCCGCUACAAGGGCCUGAAUGUCAUGGUGCUCUGCCACGACUUGAGUGACCAUGCUCGGAGCAACACGAGCACGCUAGAUGGUCGGGUCUUUACGCCAUCCUUGUCACCACGCUCUCAGAAUGCGAUAACGCGAGCGGUGUUUGAAAUACCCGGACCGGCCGAAACCAUCGAGCUUGCGGUGCCCGACGUCCUCAUUGAUGUUGGAGGGGCACGAACAGCGGGGCGAGUGUUUCUGACCAACUUUCGGCUUGUGCUCGUGAGCGAGCGAGAUGCGGCGGCCGCUGCGCAAUUGUCGUCUCAGGCAACUGGCCCCUCACGACAGCCAGCCGGUAAUACAAGCACCAACCCACCCACUUCGAGUGCCAGCGACGCAGCAGGACCCCCAUUCACUGCUGCUUCGACUGGAGACCUUCUUGGUGUCGGCCGCUCGCCAAGUCUCCGCCAGUCACCAUCGAUCGGCUCGCUCGCAGCGCGCCAGUACUACUCACAGGGACCAUCUGGCUUGCAGCUUUUGUCUGCCGGUGUUCUGGCUCUUGAAGGCGGCGAUUUCUCAAUGUCCAUUCCAUUUGGCGUCAUCACGGAGGUGUCCAAGGGAAAUCCAGAGCAGGUGCGACGACAGCAGACAGCCGGCACCGUCGACGGAUUCAAGAUUGAUGCCAAAUCGCUAACGAUUCGGUGUUCCGAUUUCCGCAACAUUCGCAUCAUUUGCCAUUCGGACGCGUCCAUCCUGAACUUUAACGCGCUGAAACGACGCCUGCAGCACCAUCACGCGAACGCUGCCGAUCAUCCUGUUGCCUACGAUUUCGUCAAGGCCUAUCCUACCCUGACACGCGGCUGGAUGUACCGUCCUUCGACCGAUUCCGUUUCUGCCAGGUCGGCCACCUUGCAACAGCAGCCUUCUGCUGGCGCCACCCCAUCACCCCAGUCCGCAGAUCCCGCCUCGACGAGCGCCGCUGCUCCGAGUGCUGAUGCAGGCGGCACCGCCCAAGCUCCCUCCAAUGCCGAUGGAGAGUCAUCCAAGCUCAUGUAUUCGUUGAGCAUUAACGACCUUGAUCUCGUCGGUAGCGAGCCGGAUCUCGUUUUCCAGAGCCCCACUCCUUCACCUCAUCCGUCGCAGCAAGCGGACGCCCUCGUUCCUUUGCCCGCCAUUUCUGAGCGUCGCAAAGCUCAGCUGAUACUCGACAUGCCGAACGCUGCCCUGCCGCCUCAAACGCUCAAUGCUGCGACUCGACCCCAGCUCUCCCUGGUGCAGCAGCCAGCGACUUCGGCAUCGCCCGCUCCAAGACAGGAAAUCUGGCCAGAACCCAUCGCGCAAGCCGUCAUCCCGGCACGUGUGCAGUCGCCCCCGUCUGGCGAGACGCCAGGGAGUCGCACGCCAGUCGAGUUUACUCCGUUCGUGCCCGUGCGGUCGUUUGACAUGAGCUCUGAGAUGCGACGACAGGGCGUCCUGCCCGACAAGUGGAAGCUGUCCACGAUCAAUGACCUCUACAAGCUCUGCUCGUCGUACCCCGACGAGUUCUUUGUGCCCGCAGAGAUUGAUGACGACAUUUUGAUUGAAUCCGCUGCGUUCCGAUCCCGCGGACGCCUGCCGGUGCUGACCUGGUACAACGCCCGCAAGGGCAACGUUAUUGUCCGGUCUGCGCAGCCGCUGGUUGGCGCCACCAACAAAUACUCGACUGCAGACGAGCGUCUCAUUGAAACGAUCCGAUGCCUCGGGUCCCCUCAAAAGCAUCUCGUCAUCUUUGAUGCGCGCUCAAUCAUGGCCGCCGGCGGCAACAAGCUCAAAGGAAAGGGCACCGAAGACACGGCUGGUCGGUACACCAACUGCAAAAUCCUCUUUCUCGACAUUGGCAACAUUCACGCAAUGCGGGACAGCUUUGAUGCCCUCGCUGCCAUGUGCGAGAGCGCCCCAGAUGCCAGCUGGCUUUCCGCACUCGAGUCGACGCAGUGGCUAUCGCACCUGCGUUCGUUGCUUUCCGCCGCUGUGACAAUUUCGCGCUACGUCGACGACCGUGGCAUGUCUGUUCUUGUCCAUUGCUCGGAUGGCUGGGAUCGCACUGCACAGCUCACGACGCUGGCGCAAUUGCUUCUGGAUCCCUUUUACCGAACCUUCCUCGGCUUUCCAGUGCUGAUCAUGAAGGAUUGGCUUGCGUUUGGCCACAAAUUCCGCGAGCGUCUCGGCACGCAUGAUUCUCCGAACGAACGCAGCCCGAUCUUUUUGCAGUUUCUCGACUGCGUUUGGCAGAUUCAGCAGCAGUUUCCGAGCGCCUUUGAGUUCAGUGGCGAGUAUCUACGUCGCAUUGCCGAGCACCACAACUCAAAGUGGUUUGGCACGUUCUUGCACAGCACCGACAAGGACCGUCGGCUGAAUCAGGCCGCGACUUCAACCGUGUCCAUUUGGGCCUAUCUCGAUGCAUCUCGCACCGAGCUCCGCAAUCCCCACUACGAGUGCACCAAUCAGGUGUUGUGCCCGAAAACGAGCGUCAAAUCUUUGCGUUUAUGGAGCCAGUACUUUUUGCGCUUUGACGAGCUGUCUCGCCUCGCAAAAGAUGUACCAGAGGACGACGACGUGACCGACAGCGGUUCCAUCAUUCCAGGCCAAGGGACGACAUCUCAAGUCGGGCCCAGCGCGACGCCGACUGUGGUUAUGUGGGUGCCAGAUCACCGAGUCAAAGCAUGCCACGAUUGUCAGCUUCGUUUUUCGCAACUCCGGCGCAAACACCACUGCCGUGGAUGCGGUCAAAUAUUCUGCAGCGAAUGCGUCAAACAGAAGCUUCAUCUUCCACAGCUGGGCUACACUGCAGAAGAGAAAGUUUGCGAGACUUGUUUUGCCAAGUACAACCCUCAACCGAACGUCGUGGCACCCUCGCAACCCGUCCCAAAGUCACUUGAGGUGCGCCCGACGCAUCUUUUCGACACGUAAUGAUUGUAGUACUAAGAAACACCAAAGCAAACAACAUGAUUGAUAAAGUGCGAAUUGGUUGUUCGAUGAUCACACAAUGAAGGGUUUAUUAUUUCGUG